AUGGAGCAGCUCAAGGGCAGGGCGCAGGGGGCGGACACGGGCGUGCCGGCGCUGGAGCGGCUGACGGACCACGUCGACUCUGAGGAGCUGUGGAAGCGCAGCGCGCGGCCGCUGACCAGCAUGGGCGGCGAGCCGGACGCCCGGACGCGGGCGCUGCAGUCGGUGACGGAUCGCGUCAUCAUGUCGCACUCGGUCGACCCGCGGGACGACCUGGCCAAGGAACGAGCCAAGCGGAGCUUCGACGUCGAGGCCAUGGCGACCGUCGUCGUCGGAGGGCCCGAGAAGCUAGCGCGGAGGCGGCGGAUCGUCAACAUCCUCAAGAGCCAGCCCUGGGCCGAGAAGACCGACGUGUUCUGGCGCAGCAGAGAGGACGAGUACGUCGGCAACCUGAAGUCCCUCCUCGGGCUGCGCAACUACGUCGAGUCGCACGGCCUGUCCCUGGACGAUUACCUGGAGCUCAAAUUCCUGAUGGACAAGCCUGGCGGGUUUGAACUGCACACCGCGAUGUACAUCCCGACGCUCGAGUCUCAGGGCACGGACGAGCAGCACAAGCUCUUCCUGGAGCCCGCGCUGCAGUUCCGCAACAUCGGCACCUACGCGCAGACCGAGCUCGGCCACGGCACCUUUGUGCGCGGCAUCGAGUCAACCGCCACCUACGACCCAGAGACGAGGGAGUUCAUCAUGCACUCGCCGACCCUGACGGCGACCAAGUGGUGGCCCGGGUGCCUGGGCAAGACGUCGACGCACUGCGUGUUCGCGGCGCGGCUGUUCACGCAGGGCAAGGACCACGGCCCGCACUUCUUCGUGGUGCAGAUCCGCGACCUGGAGACGCACCUCCCGCUGCCGGGCGUGACCGUCGGGGACAUCGGGCCGAAGCUCGGGUACGGCGGCGUCGACAACGGGUUCCUGCGGCUCAACCACGUCCGCAUCCCGCGCGUCAACAUGCUGAUGCGCAACGCCAAGGUCACCGUCGACGGGCGCUACGUGCCGCCGCCCAAGGACAACGAGAAGGCGGCGUACGGCACGAUGAUGCUCAUCCGCGCGCAGCUCGUCACGGGCGCCUUCUUCGCGCUCUCGCGCGCCACCACCAUCGCCACGCGCUACUGCAGCCUGCGCCGCCAGACCGGCCCGCGGUCCGGCCCGGAGACGCAGAUCCUCGACUACCAGACGGUCUCGCACGUCGUCGUGCCCCUCAUCGCCACGUCGUACGCGCUCAACUUCAUGGGCGCGUCCAUGAUGGAGAUGUACCACAAGGUGAUUGCCGAGGGCAAGCGCGGGGAGUACGGGAGCCUCCCGGAGCUCCACGCGCUGUCCUCGGGCAUGAAGGCGCUCUCGACGUGGCUGGCGCUGGACGGGACCGAGGCGGCGCGGCGCGUCGUCGGCGGGCAGGGCUACAGCGUGCUCUCGGGGCUGCCGUACAUUUUGAACAAUUACGCACAGAACGUCACGUGGGAGGGCGACAACCCGAUCGUGUGCCUGCAGACGGCGCGCUUCCUCGUCAAGUGCCUCGUGGCCGUGCGCAUGGGCAAGACGCCGCUGCCCCCGAGCGCCGCGUACCUCAUGAACGUGCAGCAGGAGCUGGCGCCCUCCAACAAGUGCCAGGUGGGCGCGCAGGCGGACUGGCGCGACGGCGGCGUGCUCAUGUCGGCGCUGCGGCACGCCGCGACCUUCCAGACCGUGGCCGCCGCGAAGGCGCUGUUCAAGGCCGGCGGCGGGCAGCUCAAGUUCGAGGGCGCGCCGUGGAACAACAACAUGGUCGCGCUGGUCGAGGCCGCCAAGUCGCACUCCCGCCUGGUCAUCGCGGGCACCUUCUACGACGUCCUCGAGCGCCAGGAGGACCGCCUCGACGAGGGCACGUUCCGCGUCCUGCAGAAGGUGUGCACGCUCUUCGCGCUGCUCACGAUCGAGCCGGAGGUCGGGAAGCUGCUCGAGUCGGGGUACCUCGCCGGGAAGCAGGCGACGUGGUGCAAGCAGGAGAUCGCCGCGCUCGUCGCGGAGCUGCGGCCCGAGGCGGUGUCGCUCGUGGACGCGUUCGACUACGACGACUACGUGCUGAAUUACUCGGCGAUCGGGCGCGCGGACGGGAACGUGUACCACGCGCUCUGGGAGAUGGCCAACCGCACGCCGCUCAACAAGACCGAGGUCGGGCCCGCGUGGGAGUCGGUGCUCUCGAAGCAGCUGCGGCCGUCGUCGCGCAUGUGA